AAGUUUGAAGGAAGAGAAAGGGGGUGUUUCGAAAUAUUUUAACAGUAGCAGUGGCGGUGGUUAAUGAUCAAAGUGCUCUCUUUUUGAUGCAAGCGUGGGUAUAAAUGCAGGACCGUUGCCAUAACUCUUCUCUUUCACUCUCUCCCCUUCGAAAUAGACAAAUACCCAUUUCUUUUCUCUCACUCUAAAGUAAUAAAACUCUCUCCUUUAUUACUUUUCUUCUGUGGGUUUUUUGGAUUGUUUUGUAGCAGAGUUGUUCUGUUGCUAAGCGAACAAAAGAAAAGAAAAGAACUAGCUCAAAUGCAAUAAAAGCUUUAAUUUUUGUGUGCUUGGGAGUGUUGAAAAGAAAAAAAAAGAAAAGGCCUUGAAUGAGACUAUGAGAGAGCAGAGAGAGUACAAAAAAGUAAGCAGAGAAUCUGAACAUGGGUAUCUUUCUCUCCCCACUUUUAGUUGAGUUUCUCUCUCUUUCUGGGUUCUCUCUGGUAAACUCUGACUAGGGUUUUGAAUGAGAAGGGUGGCUUUAUUGUACUGAAAUCAAUGUUCUUUUCUAGAUUAAUUGACUGCUUCUAGUAGACUUUUAAUUUUAUUUUUACAGCUCUUCUUUGAACUUCUUUUUCUGCUCUGUUCUGUUUCUUUUUUUUUUUGAAGAAGGCUUUUUCCUUUGUGCAAGUUUGGGUACUUCCAAUUUGCAGUUGUUGCUUUGGAAAUGGUGGCUGUUUCAGCCUGUGGGGAUGUUUGCUACUUAAUGUCAGUUUUGUUUUUGGGGGUUCAUUAAUUGAGAGGGAUGGACAUAGGUGAAAAGGAUAAACACGAGCUAGAAAAGAGGAACGAGAAUAACAUAAACUACCAGGCACCUGGUAUGUCAUCUGAUUGGCAGUUUGGCGGUGCCAAUCUCACAAGUCCACCUAUGAGCUUGGUUCCCAGUGAUAAUCCCAUGGCUAUUGGUUCUUCUUGUGCCUCUGCUUCAGGGGUAGAUUCAUUUGGUUCUAACCUUUGGGAGCAUCCUUCUAAUUCACAAAACUUGGUAUUUUGUGACAUUAAUGUGCAAAAUGGUGCGAGCUCUUUAAAUGCAAUAGGAAUUGGAAAAGGUGGUCCAAACUCUCGGAGAAGUAGCAUUGAUAGACCAUUUGACAUGGGUUGGAAUGCAUCAAGUUCAAUGUUGAAAGGAGGUAUGUUUUUACCACAUGCGACUGGGAUUCUACCACAGAGCCUAUCUCAAUUGCCAGCUGAUUCAGCUUUCAUUGAGCGUGCUGCCAGGCUAUCAAGCUUCAAUGGGGGAAAUUUUAGUGAUAUGGUGAACCCUUUUGGUAUUCCUGAAUCCAUGGAUAUCUAUACUAGGGGUGUGGGCUUGAUGCAAGGACCACAAGACAUUUUUGCAAUCAGUGGGAUGAAAUCAGUAUCUGGUAUGGAAUCUCAGAAACGUAAGUUGAAUGCCACUGAAGCUUCUAGAGAUGCUUGUUUGCAAGUUGAAAAUAGGUCUACUCAAGAAAGCCCACACAAGAAUGAAAGGGGAAGUGAAAUUCUUGUUCCAUCUAAAGAAAAAGCAAAACAAGGAACUGCUGGCUCUGGUAACGAGUCUGAUAAGGCUGAGUUUAGUGGUGGUGCUGGUGGUCAAGAUGAGCCAUCUGCAUUGGAUGGUACAGGUGGUGAACCUUCAGCUAAGGGUGUUAGUUCAAAGAAAAGAAAAAGGAUUGUACAGGAUGCUGAGGAUGAUCAAGCUAAGGGAGGCCAACCACCUAUUGAGGCUGCAAAGGAUAGUGCUGAAAAUCAACAGAAGGGAGACCAGAACCAAACUACAAUGAUCAAUAAGACUACAGGAAAACAGGGGAAAAAAGGUUCUCAAGCUUCUGAUCCACCAAAAGAAGAAUACAUCCAUGUCAGAGCCCGAAGAGGCCAGGCAACAAACAGCCAUAGUCUUGCAGAAAGGGUAAGAAGAGAAAAGAUUAGUGAAAGGAUGAAACUUCUUCAGGACCUUGUACCUGGUUGCAGCAAGGUUACUGGCAAGGCAUUGAUGCUAGAUGAAAUCAUUAACUAUGUGCAGUCACUUCAGCGGCAGGUUGAGUUUCUAUCAAUGAAACUUGCAACGGUGGACCCAGGACUGGAUUUUAAUAUAGAAGGGCUUCUGCCAAAAGAUAUUAUUCACUUACGAGCAGGUCCUUCAUCAACUCUGGGGUUUUCUCCUGAGUUUUCUGUGGGUUAUCCUUCAUUACAUCCGACUCAACCUGGACUCGUUCAAGGUGCUCUUCCUGUCAUGGGGAAUAAUGCUGAUGUUAUUCGUGGAACUCUCAGUUCCCACUUCACUCCAAUGGCUGGAGGAUUCAAGGAGCCCACUCAGGUAUCGAAUGCAUGGGAGGAUGACCUCCACAAUGUUGUCCAGAUGAACUAUGGAGCCAAUGCUCCUUCUGACAACCAAGAAGUAAACGGGUCUCUACCAUCAGAUCAUACUAAAGUAGAACUUUGAUCCUUCUCUUAAGGGUCUAUGGCUCCAUGCCAGGCCGCACAUUAUGGCCUUAUACCUACCAUAUUUAUUCUGCAUUCUUGAAGGCAGCCAAGGACAUGACAAAUCGCGCUUUGAAAGAUUAAUUAUAAACAUAUGUUGUCACCAUUUUCCUACCCAGUUCUUAUUGAAUAAUUGAAGAUGCUAUUGCCCUCGUUCUGUAGCUGGGAAUGUCAGUCACAUUUGACCGAAGCUGAGGCUUGCUUGAAAGCUCAAGGUGAUUUCAUCUUCUCUUGUUUGAGCAAUAGAGAUAUAGGGGGAAAUGGAACCCUCCUUUGAUCAUGGGAAGGAAAUUGUAUUACUGUCCUACUCAAAGGAAAGGGGUGGAUUUGAAUGUACAGAUUGAUGAUGGAACGUUUUUGUGAUGUAGGAGUUUGUCUUCUUUUUUUUUUUUUUUUAAUUUAUAAAGGUGUCAUGGCUUAGGAUAAAGGAAAUGGUUAAAAUGUAGCAAAUUGAAUUUUAAAUCUGUUUGUAAGAAUUAAUUAAGUUAAAUUUCAGGUUUUA